GAAAGUUGGUUUACAUGAACUUAAGAAACAACCAAAGCAUGUAUCUUCCAAUUAUAUUGAGUCUUGUAGUAUAUUUAUGUGAUUUAAGUGAUGGGAUUGAAUUUUGGUCCAUGGAAAUUUAUACAAACCGUUUGUAGUUAUUUGUUUGCAAUAGAAUGUGUCAAAUGGUGUUGAUGUUGUUUACGAAGAUCUUGUAAAUCGCCACAGAAGAACUAAAAUAAAACAUUGAUCCGUCUGUGUCAAAUUAUUUUGAGUUCUCCAGUGUUCUUUACUCUUUUGCUUUGUGUCAACUACUGUUUUUUUACUUUUGUUACUAGUAAGAUAUUAAAAAGUUUAGUCUACUGUCAAAAACUUAAAAAGGGUAUCAAAAAUGUUUGUUAUUUAGUUUUAUUAAAAAAUGGAAGAUUCAAGAUACAAAAGCAUAUGUUCAAUAAUCACAUAUAGCUGGUUUGAAAUGGAUCCUCUCUUUUUUUUUUUUUUUGAAAGAAAAAUGGAUCCCUUUUUCACUGUUAAUUCCACUCAUCAAACGCAAGGAACAAAGAGAAUACAACAUUGUUACACUAAGCAGGCGAACACAAGCAAGUUUCCUGAGACUAAACAUAUGGAGGCCGAGAUUUUGUCAACAAUUAGUUUGAAUUGGAUCCUAAGUUAACUAUUAAAUUAUUUAUCAAUUUCUCUUUUUUUCAAUCAAACCCAUUCAUUUGAAAUUCUGUAUGAACAUUUUGAAUAUGAUUAGAGAGACUGUAUGUAGGAUGUAGAUUUAAUAUUAGAGAGACUCUAAUGUAGAGUGAAGAUUUGAUAUAAAGAAGUGUACUAAACACUUUUUACUGUACAAAAAGAUUGAGGUCAAAAAGAGAGGAGGACUGAGGAGUCAAACAAAAUGAGGCUCUUUGUGAUAACCCCACAUCGAAAAUGAAACAACGAACACACUUUGUCUCCCAGAUUCCUUUCCUUUGUCAUUUUCUCGUGUUUCUCCCAAAGUAUUCAACAAAAACACAAUCCUAGUUAUAUCUCAAAAGCUAAAUAAUACAACAAACGAGUAUCAAAUAACCAAAUAUCCACAUUCCUUUAAUGACUAUAUUCACACAGUACAUUUUUCUCUCGAGAAGAGAGUUUAGCCCUAAGAUUAACGAGGUAAAUUUACCAAAAAAAAAAUAUUAACGAGGUAGUAGAAGUAUUAGUGAGAGUAAUAGAAACAAAUAAAAAUAAAGUAGAGUUAAAGAAGAUCAUUAGAGAAACAAAAAUCUGUUUAUUCUUUUCUUCUUCAGUGGAUGAAUUGUUCUUUAUUUCUUUUCUAUUUGGUGCAAAAUUAUCCCAAGUCGAAUCAUUUGACACCAAUAUUGAACUAAAAAAAGCAAAAGACAAAUCUACACACAAAAUGAAACUAUUAUUUUCUCUCUUUUUCUCCUUUAUUUUCCAAAAUCUUAUAGAAAAUUAGUUGGUAGGUCCAUUCUCUGUCGAUGUAUUUAUCUAAUCUUCUCUCUCACACCAAUACAUUCACAGCGACAAGAGAGAGAUAAAAGAGUGAAGACAGAGAUAGAGAGAGAGACUCACCAAAUAGACCAAACCCUGAAGUUAAAUUCACACCAACUACUUUGAUCAUUAGCUCAUCCAUAACCACAUACUCACUUCUCUGUCUCUCUUUCUUUCCUUAAGCUUCAGCUUCUUUCAAUGGCGAAACCAAACUCAGAUGACUUCGCCUCCAAGAGACACAACAGCUUCCACUGGACACGAAAAGUCGGAUCAGACGAAAACGACGACGUUUCCUCCCAUAACCCUCUUCCCGACAACACUAAACCACUUCCAAAACACAAUCCUUCCUCUUCAUCUUCCUCGACUGCAAUCACUCCCAAAAGAAAACUCCAAUCUUUCGCCGUCUCUCGUCUCCGUUCAGUCAUCGCUUCCCUCAGCAGAGCCCGACCCGGUAACAACAACUCCGGACUCGGGUCACGGGUCGUGGGCACGCUUUUCGGAUCACGCCGCGGGCACGUGCAUUUCUCAGUCCAGAAAGAUCCGACUUCCCCUCCGGCGUUUCUCAUCGAGCUCGCGACUCCGAUCAGCGGACUGGUCAAGGAGAUGGCGUCGGGGCUCGUGAGGAUCGCUCUGGAGUGCGACAAGGCCAAGGAGGAAGAGAAAGAAGAAGGAGAAAAGGGAAGACGCCGCCACGGCGGAGGAGAUAAGACGAAGGCUGCGGUUCCACGGCGGUUGGUGGAGGAGCCGACGUGGAGGACUUACUGCAACGGGAAGAAGUGUGGGUUCGCGACGAGGAGGGAGUGUGGUGAGAAGGAGAAGAAAGUUCUGAAGGCGCUUGAGAUGGUUUCCAUGGGCGCCGGAGUUUUGCCGGAGACGGAGGAGACAUCCGUCGGCGGCGGUGGCGGUGGUGAUGUAAUGUAUAUGAGGGCGAAGUUCGAGCGAAUCGUGGGGUCGCGUGAUUCGGAGGCUUUCUAUAUGAUGAAUCCUGAUAGCAAUGGAGCUCCUGAGCUCAGUAUCUAUCUACUCAGAAUCUGAUGAAGACGACGAAUCUAAGAAGAUGAUCCUACCAAAGCCUCUAACUGAGAAGGAAGGUUUCACGGUUAAGGAAGAUUAUUCCGGUUUAGUUACUUUAAAUAGUCGGUUAAGUGGUUCUUUUGGGGAAUUAAAGUAGCUAUGUCUCUAAUACUCGAAAAUCGUAUUUUAAUCGAUGUGAACGUGAUCGAUCGAUAAUGCGUAAGAGCAAGUUUUUUUUUUUUUUUGGGAGGUGGCUUUAGAAGGUUUUAAACUUUGGUAUAUGGAGCUGGAGGACUUGUAAAUGUAUAAAAUUCGCCUUUUUUUUUAAUGUGCAAUCUCUUUGUUGUUUUAAAAAUGUUUAUGUUAUCAUGGGGGCACCCAGCCUGUAGAAUCAUAAUGAUUAAAGUCUUGAUUUGUUUCACAUUUCCA